AUUGUGUGUAGUUGUUCAUUACAGGUGAUGCCUGCUGAUACCGCUGAUGUGAUUGAACUGAUGGAGAGAGGCGCGCGCGUUCGGGAGGGAGGGGGAGAGAAAGAAAAGGGGGAUCGUUCUCCCGGUCAUAUAACGCGACAUCUCUCUUUCCUCCUCUCCGCUGGCGACAUAAGCGACGCGUAACCGACACACCGUCCUCUCCGAAACCAAAGGCGCUUUUUGCUUUGCUAUGCGGAACCAAGAGCCAUGAAAAUGCUUCGAUUCCGGAGUCCGAGCAUCUCCUCCCUCGCGCAGGAGGUCCAGUGCACUGUUCGGCUGCUCGACGACUCCGAGAUCUCGUGCAGCAUCCAGAGAGACACUAAAGGGCAGUUUGUCUUGGAUCAUGUGUGUAACUACUACAGCCUGCUGGAGAAAGAUUACUUUGGCAUCAGAUAUGUGGAUCCAGAGAAACAAAGGCAUUGGUUGGACCCGAGCAAACCAGUAGUGAAACAGAUGAAAUGUCAGCAGCCAUACACUAUGUGCUUCAGGGUGAAGUUCUACCCUCAGGAGCCAAUCAAGAUCAAGGAAGAGCUGACAAGGUACCUUCUGUACCUGCAGUUGAAAAGAGACGUGUACCACGGUAGGCUUUUAUGCCCGUUCGCCGAUGCUGCAUAUCUUGGAGCCUGUAUAGUGCAGGCUGAACUUGGGGACUAUGAUCCUGAGGAACAUCCUGCUGACUACAUCAGCGACUUCAAGCUCUUCCCCAAACAGUCCCUCAAACUAGAACGCAAGAUCAUGGAGAUCCACCAAACUGAGCUGAGGGGACAAUGUCCUGCACUCGCAGAGUUAAACCUUCUUCAGAGGGCCCACACACUAGACACAUAUGGAGUGGACCCACACCCAUGCAAGGAUUUCACAGGAUCCACAGCUUUCCUGGGAUUCACUGCAAGAGGGUUUGUGGUUUUCCAGGGAAAUAAGCGGAUACAUCUUUUAAAAUGGGCAGAUGUCAGCAAAUUCAAGUUUGAAGGGAAAACAUUCUAUGUGAUUGGCGUGCAAAGAGAGAAGAAACUGGUUCUGACAUUCCACACCUCCACACCAGCAGCCUGUAAACACCUUUGGAAAUGUGCUGUGGAAAAUCAGGCAUUUUACAAAUGUGCAAAGUCAAGUCAGAUAAAGACUGUGUCCAGCAGCAGUAUAUUUUUCAAGGGAAGCCGAUUUCGCUACAGUGGUCGGGUGGCUAAAGAAGUGAUUGAAGCCAGUUCAAAGAUUCAGAGAGAACCUCCUGUUGUACACAGGUCUCAGUUUGGCCAAAGCAGAAGCUUUACUUCACUCAGUCAUAAACAGCUCAUAAUGAACAUGGAGCCCCUCCUACCAGCACUGAGCUCCAGCAGGGAACACAGAGACUCCUCAGCAGACAAUGGACUCUCAGCUUUGAAAGACUCGGUUCAUCUGUCCCCACUGAAACCGUCGGUCACUCCUGAGGAAGCAGAGAUAGAAGAAAGGGAAAACCACAGUCAGGAAAGACGCGAAGACGAAGCAGCCAACAGGACGAGAGCAGAUGAGGAAAGGAGAGAGAUACAUGUAGACUGUGAAGAGGAUGGGUGCAGCACUCUCACCAUAUCUGACAUGGCGUACAGCCCGUGCGCCAGCAUGGUGCCGACACCAGUGGAGGAGGGUCAGGGCGGCCUGGACCUUCUGUUCCAGAGCCCCGCACGCUUGCUGAAGGAGCUGCACGCUGAUCCAGAAAUGCAGGUGGAGCUUCAAGCGGAGAGGGAGAGGGAACUCGCCAGAGAGGCGUUUCGUCAGUCGCUGUGUAACCCGUCGAGCGGGCGGCAGCAGAUGCAGGCCUGCCUGCGCAGUGCCGCCCGUCUGGUGGUGAUGGCUACCGGCCUCCUCAUGAUUCUACUUCCCCUCCUCCUCGUUCUGCUGGAGUCGGACCUGGACAUCUCGUUCUUGCAUGACAUCCGCCAGACGCCCGAGUUCGAGCAGUUCCACUACGAGUACUACUGCCCCCUGCGACGCUGGUUCCUCUGCAAACUCGAACUCAUAACAGAGCAGCUAUGGGGCGACUGAGGCUCACCGUCCUACAGGAACUACAGGGAACAGGGGGCGGGAAUGAAAUGGAAUGGGCAGCGGUCCAGGAUCAGACUGAAGUUGAUCUUCCUGACACAGGGCUUUGACCACAUCCACAUCAACUAAUCAAAUUAACAUGGCUACUUGUGAUGCAAAUCUGACGUGAUGUCACAUCUGUUGCUGAGCUGAUAGCAAAAGGGCUAAUGACACAUUUCUGUCAAUGCAUCACGCUCAACUAUAUUGAGUUCUAUAUAAAAACCCCUCAUCACUGAUAUUUACUGUCUAACAGCAGGUGGCUCUCUCAGGAACGUAUGUCAAAUACUGAAGGAUCUUUAAAAAGCUGUUUAUUUUCUGAUAAAAAAGAAAAGAAAACUAAACAAAACAAAUAUGCAUAUUAGCAAACAGGCAUUUAUAUGGAUACGUUAUCGCAGAGAAAAUAUUUGAUUGCUAUUGUAUGUUAUUUGUGGCUCAUUGUGUGGUUGAUAUUCCUACAGGCUCAUAUUUAAUCAUUAUAUUACCAUUACAUUAUAUGCAUCAUCAAAUCAAAAUCAGAAUAACACAUUACCUACAUACUGCAUAAGGUUGUGAUUUAGUCAGUAUUAAUUCAUGUAAAUUAAUAUUUCUUAUUAAUACAUUCAAUUUUUUUUUUUUUUUUAAAUGACCCUGUAUACACUACCAGUCAAUUUGGACACACACUUGACAGAAUUGUUCAUCAUAAAUGUCCAUAGUUAAUUAAUAUUCAUUUGUAUGAAUAUUUCAUUAAUAUGAAUUCAUACAAUUUAUUAAUAUGAAUUAAUAUUGAUUCAUAUUAAUAUUGAAAUAACAAAAGAUAUUAAUAUUUGGACCCACUUUAUAUUAAGUGUCUUUGACUGCACUAACAUUUAAAUUAAUAAUUUAAUACAAUGUACAUUUUUACAUUGUACUUACAUUUAAAACAUGAAUACUUAUGUUCAUUUCUGUAAUUGCAUCUAUAAUUACAAUGUUGACCCUUGCCUUACACAAUAAACCACUAUUAGACCUUACGUAGCCCCGCCCCUUUUCAGCGCUGCGUUCGUUGUCUUUUGUCUUCCGGUUUGUAUUUCCACAGCGAUCUUACAUAUUUAUGAAUGAACUGCUCGUUUUAAAAUCUUCCCGGUCCACUGACAUUUGUUAAGACAUUUGCUUUAAACAUUACAAUGCUCAUGAUAACUUCUACAAAAAAGUAAACCAACUUCACCAGCUAAUUAUUCUUUGACAGUGAUGCCAUAGAAACAUAUAGAGCUACCGCAAAACCGGAAGCUCAAAGACAAUAUUAUAAAGAUGGCGGCGCGCUUCUUUCUCUGGUGCAUAAGGUAAAGGUUUUUGCAAAACAACAUGAACAAAAUAAUUACAAUUAAUUUUUACGUAAGUACACAGUAGUUAAAGAGACCUAAUAUAAAGUGGGACCUAAUAUUGUAUUAUUUUAAAGGGGUUAUAUGUAGAAUUGAGAAACCCUUGUUUUUAGCGACACCGAUGGCCGUUAAGUGAACUGCAGCCAGCAGCUUAUUGCUCCUGCUCGAGCAAUAAGUUCUUUUACGUUCUUCACUUAGAAGUAAAAAGUUGGAAAUACCUUUUCAGUGAUCCUGUUAACAAACUUCCCAAAUGUCGUCCACGCUGCCGAAAGGGACGUUUAACCGUCACAUCCUGUUGAAUUUCCCGGCAAAAACGUCCCGAGUCCUUCACACAAAAAUCAGUCUACAGGCUUUCAUAGACAACCGAGGAAGUCAGGGAAGGUCUCGUUUUUCAAAUUUCGUUGCAAGCUGUUCACACAUUGGCAAUAAAAAAGCGAUUAAUACAUGAGAAUAUUUAAAUAUAGCCCUCUUAAACAUUUACAUUUUUUUUAUCUAAUGGCUUAAUGUUCUAAAGUGUUAAUUCAUUUUUUAAUUUUAUAUUUGUAAGAUUGAGUUGGAGCGAACAGUAAAGGAAAAUCAGAAUCUAGACAAAGCAGCUUAAAUUUAAAAUUGAUUUGCAAUGUUAUUUGGUCAGUACAUAAUUAUAUUUGUGUUAUUUCAUAGUGGUAAUGGUUAUUAUUAUUAUUAUUCACAUUUUAGAAUAAUUGUAAAGAAAAGGUGUGUCCAAACUUUUCACCGGUAGUGUGUACGUCCACAUACACUGUAAGUAGAUGUGUACAUUAAAAAACUAGUUGUCCUUGAGUUUCACACUUCUGCAUGUAUACGUCUGUAAAUACUGUGAAAAGAAACCGUCAUUCUCAUUUCAAGUGUCUGACCUUGUGUAUUCAACUAGCUCAUCUAAGUCUUAUUUGUAUAUGAUCAUAGGACUAUGAAAAGAACAUAAAGGCUUUUUUUUUUCUUUUGUGUUCAGGUUUCUCUGGACUUUCAGCUCAGGGUUGAGUCAUAUUUAUUGAUGGGUUCAUAGACAAUAAUAUAAAUACAACAUUAAUGCUUUGUUCUGAUGCUGCUGUGAAAGUUGUAGUUCUCAUUGUAAUAAAAACAUCACGUGAAAAUUGUAGAUAAUAGAUAGUCAUGCUUUGUGCUUUAAUGUGUGUUAUCAUGACCAAUGAAACCAGAGAACCAAUGGCCACGUUCAGUCAAACUGCUAGAUAAAGCCAGUGAUCAGCAACUUCAUUAGUGAUCUUCAUUAGUGUUACGGCAGGAGAUAGCAGGUUGACUGAAUUUGCCCGUUAUCCUGAACUUCUCUUAUCGUAUAUUGUAGUGUGGCAAGAUAUAGAUGUCCAAACUCAUUUUAAUUGGCCAGAGGGUAAACCUAUUUCAUACAGCAUUCAGAAAUGUCAUGCACUGGAAUUUGCUGUUUAUUGUUUUUGUAGCCUUGCUAUUCUGUUGCAUGAUGGGACACCAAGACUUUAACAGAACCCUUCGUUAUUUUUUCUCAUAUGUUUGAUGGAAGUGAUUUUAUUUGAUUUUACUUACAAUACUGUCCACAACACCGAACAUUGAUAGAAAUGGAAAUUCAAAAGGGUUUUUAUGCCAGCGUUUGUUGACAGACCCAAGACAAUUUCCAUGUUUUCAAAUAUUCAGAUUUAUUAAUUAAUUAAUCAUCUUUGGUAAAUUGCAGAAGAUUUGCAUUUGUUAAAUGCAAUGUUUCGGAUAAUUUUUACAAAGGCUGUCAAGAACAUCAUAUCAGGGACAUAAUUUCAAAUCAAAAGAUAUCAAAAAAUUUUAAUUAUUAAGAAAAUUACACUUAUUUAACACUGUGAAAAGAGACAUAAAAUUGUAUAGUAUUUCAUCAUGGCAGUGUUUGGGAUUAAACAACAAAAAAUAUUGUCUUUCAUUGCUCUCAUUACAGUAAUGAGAAUCAUUGAGAAUAAUGAGAAUUAUAAACAAACUCAAAUUGAAUCAUCCGGAUACAUUACCGUAAUGUGGAUUUGGAAGGGAAAUGUCCUUAAUUAUCAUUAGAAUAAUGUCACGAUGCAUAAAAUCUUAAUGGUCCUAUAAAUAGACUAUGUAAAAUAUAUUGUAUUUUUUUCUUUUCAUGUUUUCAGGAUGAAACAUGACCUGGAAAAGUGAAAUUCACCCCUUUGGAUGACAGUAUAGAGUUGACUGGCCUGGUUAAUUCUAUACACUGAUUAAAAAAGAAAACAUUCACCAAUUCUUGUCCAAGAUCUAGAUCUUGAUCAGCGCUUUGUUGCAAAAAAAAAAAAAAAAAAAAAACCCAGAUGAUUCUUACAUAACAUGGCUAAACAUAAAAACAACCCAUUGUCCUUUAUUAAAAAAAAAAAACAAACAAAACCCUGAUAAUUAUACAGUGAAACAAGAAAAUAUGCAAAGUAACUGAACAUCUGAAAAAUGUGUGUACAUUUUUUUUUUUCUUUAGGGGUUUGAAAUCUUUUCGAGUGUUUGGUGAUUUCAUACGUGAAAUGUGUUUUGUUUGCAUGCUUAGCAGCAUUAUAAAUGUUUCAGUUUAAAACAGUCUGUCAUUUAAUUUCAAAAUACAACUCUGGGAGUAUCAAAAAAUCCCAGAUUCACUGGGAAUCGCCUUAUUAAAUUUGUAAAGUGAUUUUUGAUUGUUUAUAUGUUCAAAAAAUUGAAUUGUUUUAUAUGUUAGUACUGCCACAAUAAAACUGGAGUGAAAACA